AUGCAGCUUAUCGGAUCAAAGCACUGGAGAAACCCUGGCAGAGGGCUCGCCGUCGACGCCGCGGCUCUACUGCGGGUGGUCAACGCGUUUCUUGCGAAAUGGUUGCCGGAAAAAGGGGUUAGCGGAGCCCUGCAGGGGUUGGAGUACGUCCGGGCAGGCACGCGCUUUGUAUUGAGCAGGGAGGUUUGGGAGGGAUUGGACGCGGGGUUUAGGCGCGACUUCGUCGAAGCGCAGCAGCCUUUUAAGAGGGGGCUUGACUCGUGCGUAAACUUGGCCAAAGUUCUGACUAUCAUGAUGGUCAAUCUGGAGCGGAAGAAGCGGAUUUGGCUGAAGGAGAACUCGCUGCCGACGGACGCGCCGCUUUCGGACGCCCUACGGCAGACCCCGCUCGGACGCGUCCUGGAGAACGGCGGCUACGCGCCGCCCGCGGAUUGGCCAACCCUCCUGCAAGGGUUUACGGGAGGCGGCCGCGGCGGCGCGGCGCGCGGCGCGGCUUCCAAAAAGAGGGGGCGCGCUCCGCUUCGCGGUCGCGUUACCGAGCGCGCGGUACAUGCGCGCGCGCCGCCUCCGUUCCUAGCGCGGAACCUACGGCGCGCAACCGCGCGCGGCGGCCGCGCUGACGGACACGUAAACAAGAAACGGGCUGGGUUCCGGGUCGCGGCCGCCGGCGCGACCAAAAUCCCUAAACCCCUGCCGCGACUCCGAGGGGUCAGACUCAGAGGCAAGACUGGCAAGCAAUCGGCGGCUCGCCAAGGAACUUCUGCGCCUGUCCCAAGCUUCCGCUUCCGCCCACUUAACAUGCCCAACGGAAUCCUGGCCGACGGAGCGGCUGCCAGCGGCCCGGCGGGUGCGGGCGCGGGACCGCCUUCAGAGGGCGACCAACUGCGCGAGGCGGCCGUGUGCGAUGUCGCCAAAAUGUUCAAGGCAGGCGUUAUGGGCAUCUUACGAGACGGCGCCAAAAGGGCUCGGGAAGAGUGCCCAGAAAUUUUUAACGUCCUUUAA